AUGUGCAUGGGUGUGUGUGGGCAUUGCUGCCAUAUAAGCGCACAAGAUCUCGGCAAUUGUAUCUGUAUCCGAGUGUGUAACUGUGCCCGCAUCUGUAUCUGUAUAUCUGUGUAUAAGUUUGUGUGUCUGCGAGCCAGGCUGAGCCUGCGUGGGCCAUGGAUUGUCUUUUGGCAAAAAGAUUUCUGUUCGAGCGUUGUCAACAUUGUUAGGGCAGAUCCGAGACCGAGAUCUCGGUGGCCUCUUCUUCACCUGUUCCCAGCCCACAAGAAAUCGGGGUUUUUACGCCUGCGCCAUGUGCUCUGCGGGAUCGGGAUGGGAUUCGGGCCAAAAGGACACUGUUUCGGCAGUGCGAGGACUGGGCUUACGUGGGCCCUUGCCUUUUGGACCUUGGAGUGCAGGGCGCCCGUCGACAACAGCAUGUUGCAACAACACUCGACAGCGGCAACCUGUGGAGCCUGCGUGCCAUUAGCCAUGGAGCAUGAAACAAAAGCCGAGCCAGCCAAGAUGGAGCACUCACGAGGAAUGGAUCCCAGUGCAGAGGAGUGGAAUGGAGUGAAGUGGAGUGCAGUGGAGUGGAGUGGAGUGGUGUGGAGUGGAGGGCUGCCACAAUGCAUUUGCGAUAAAUGGCAGGCUUGCAGGCAUGGAAGGCCCUUAAAAGCCAGCGACAACGGCGACCAAGAAGUGAAAGAUUUGCGCAGUGAGAUAGCUCAUUUUGGAUCUGAGCCGGGUCUCUGGGCCAGUUCUUCGUUUGUUACCUUGGCUAAUCGGCGGCUAUGUAAGAUGGUUGUUGUACGUGCGGCGACACAGUCGCAGCCUCAGCAUCAGCCUCAGUCCAAAGUCAAGACCACGAACGUGCUGUUGCUGUUGCUAUUGCUUUUGCUGUUGCUGCUUCAUGUUGACACCAGCAACAACAGCAGCAACAUCAGCCCCAUCAGUCCUCGGUCCUCGGCAUCAACCUCAGUCGACCACAGCCGCAUUCCGAAAUGUAAGGAUUCCUGCAGCUCCAGAGGCCGCCCCAGUGGCAGCAGGCCCGGCAAGGUCAAUAAAUCCAGAACUCCAGAUCCACUCCCGAUUAGUGAUGGCUAG